AUGGCCUUUUGCAGCAAGAGAGUCCUUUCAGAUCUAAAUAAAAAUGAUCUUGAUAUAUUUAAAAAGCCUGAUCAUAAAUUUAUUUACGGUGCGCUAUAUACUCAAUAUAAAGAAGAUAGUGAUAUAAAAGAUUCUCGUAUCUGGUUUUUUGUAGUUGUGAUUUCUUAUGAUUUCUCUCGAGGGGUUAUUACUGCGUUAACCCAAGAUUACAAAAUAGUUCAAGCGAUUGGUUUAAUUGUUACUGAAUUAGUUUUAUUAAUUUUAUUAAAUCAAUUUAGGCCUUUUAAAACUAGCUUAAUGAAUAUUUUAAACAUUUGCGCAUCAGUUUUAAGGUUAUUUGUUUCAAUUUUAUUAACUACUUUAAUUUUCGUUAAUAUUCAACCACUUGAGACAGUUAUUUGUAUUUUACAAUUUAUGCUUGUUUUUAUGUUAAUCUUUGUAAUUUUAUUACAAUUAAUUACUACAAUUAGAGAUUCUUGUUGUAAAAAGAAGGGAUCAGAAAACGAAGAGAAUGAAAAAAAUAAUUGA